GAAGCACAUCAGAAAUACUGUUAUGGCGCAACCGGUGCAUGUGCAUCUGUUACCGGCCAAAACUGCCAGGAUGUUCAUGCAUGAAUGGCGCAAGAAUGGCGCAACCAAGAGUCGAAGGGAUUAAUGUGCAGCCCUGCCCGACAGUUCACCAUAUGCCAGGACUUUGACAAAAGCUGCAACAUUUCGAAGAUAAACCAUCGUGCGUGAAAAUGUCCACCGAGAAUUCCAAUUCAAGGAGUCGGAUCUUUCGCUCAAGUGAGCGGUAUGUUUGGGACGACCCAGACAAGCCAAAAGAGGAGAAAUGGUUCCUGUUCAAGCUCGACAUACUUCUGCUUACCAUUUCCUGCCUUGGAUAUUUCAGCAAGAACCUGGAUCAGGCUAACAUCAAUAAUGCUUAUGUGUCUGGAAUGAAGGAGGCACUCCAAAUGAACGGCAAUCAACUCACUUAUGCGGGCAAUGUCUUUACCGCCGGCUACGUUCUCGGACAGCUUCCAGCAGUCAUUCUGGCCACGCUUAUACGACCCUCGAUCCUUAUCCCAACCAUGGAGAUUCUAUGGUCCGUGUUCACCUUUUACUCAGCCGCUGUCAAGACCUCGUCCCAGUUGUACGCCAUGCGCUUUUUGAUUGCAAUCUGCGAGGGCACUUACUUCCCCACCGUGGAUUAUCUCCUUGGGUCGUGGUAUACCAAAAAUGAGCGUGGCAAACGCAUGACCAUCUUCUACGCCACCGCCAGCUUGGCUGGUAUGUUCAGCGGAUAUUUGCAGGCGGGAGCCUACAAAGGGCUCAAUGGUCAGUGGUUGUUUAUUAGAAGGGAGGUUGAAUGGGCACGGAAAAGGUUGCUUGCUGAUGGCAUGAGGCCUCUCGGUGCUGCGGCUUGGGAAAGGAAAAAUAUCUUUCGCAUCAUGGCCCAAUGGCAGUUUUGGGUCCUGCCGGUUGGCUACUUUCUGGUGCAAUCCAGCUAUCCAAUCUAUCAGCCUGCGUACGCUUUGUGGUUGAAAUCGAGGGGCCACACAACCUACCAGAUCAAUGUCUGGCCAACAGGCCAAUACGCCAGGAGUGUGGUUGUACAGUUGUUGGCAGGCAUGAUUUCAGACUCCCCUUUGCUCCGUGGCAAACGCUGGCAGACAAUCAUCGCUAUGCAAAUCCCCACCAUCUUUGGAUGCAUUGUCCUCGCCGUCUGGGAUGUUCCGAUCGGUCUCAAAUAUACGGCAUACUAUCUGACGUACACUUGCGCCGGCGUUCCUGGAAUAUAUUAUGCUUAUUAUUCGGAUUUGAUGGCACAUGAUCAUGAAAUGAGAGGCUUUCUGAUCGCGGCAUCGAACAUGUUCAGUUAUAUCCAGUCCAUUUGGUGGACACUUACGGUUUGGAGAACCACGUUGGGACCUCGUUUCCAUGCAGCAUUCAUCGGUGCGUCAUGCACCGGCGUCGGGCUUUGUAUACUUGCAGUUGUGCUCAGGGCACUCGAGCUACGUGAUCAAAGAAAACACAGCGGCGAAGCUGUCCCCGGUCCAACACGUAGUGUUCUCGAAGAAAGUGGAAACGAAUUCGCAGUGCCACAUGUCUGA